GGCAGAGCGAGUGAAUAAAGGUUCGCGAGCACAACGUUUCUUUUCGAGAGCGGAGUAAUUUUCCAGUCGACAAACAGUGUUUGAACACCCAAACGAGAUUUUCCGAGACCCGCCUACAAAUUGCAAAACCCAAGGAGCUGCAACUGCACCCGAGUCCGCGCAACAAACCUGUGGAAAGUGCUAGAAGAAGUUAGAAGGAAAAACUGUGACGCGAUCAGAGCCAAAAACAAGAACAACAACAGCGAACGGUCAUCGGACGAUUUAUAGAACCUAACGCAGAGUCCAAAGCAUGAAUCUGUCAUUCGCUGGCUGCGGAUUUCUGGGCAUCUACCACGUCGGAGUGGCCGUCUGCUUCAAGAAGUAUGCCCCGCAUCUGUUGCUGGAGAAGAUUGGAGGCGCUUCGGCCGGCUCCCUGGCCGCCUGCUGCCUCCUCUGCGAUUUGCCAUUGGGCAGCAUGACCUCCGAUUUCUUCAGGGUGGUGAACGAGGCACGCCGCUAUUCUCUGGGUCCCUUCAGUCCCUCCUUCAACAUCCAGACCUGCCUGCUGGAGGGCCUACAGAAGCAUCUGCCGGACGAUGCCCACAAGCGGGUUAAUGGACGCCUACACAUCUCGCUCACGCGAGUUUACGAUGGCAAGAACGUGAUCAUCUCGGAGUUCGAGUCACGGGAGGAGGUACUCCAAGCGCUGUUGUGCGCCUGCUUCAUCCCCGGAUUCUCUGGCAUUCUGCCGCCCAAAUUCCGCGGAGUUCGCUACAUGGAUGGCGCCUUCUCGGAUAACCUGCCCAUUCUGGACGAGAACACCAUCACAGUGAGCCCCUUCUGCGGGGAGAGCGACAUUUGCCCCAGGGACCAGAGUUCGCAGCUCUUCCAUCUGAAUUGGGCCAACACCAGUAUCGAGAUCUCCAGGCAGAACGUCAAUCGGUUCGUGCGCAUUCUGUUCCCGCCGCGUCCCGAGUUCCUGUCCAAGUUCUGUCAGCAGGGAUUCGACGAUGCCCUGCAGUUUCUGCACCGCAACAAUCUGAUCAACUGCCGGCGCUGUGUGGCGGUGCAGUCCACCUUUGUGGUUUCCGAAACGGUGGCCCAGCCCCAGGAGUUCGACCCCGAGUGCAGGGAGUGCAAGAAGCACAGAAAGGACGCUUUGAGCUCAAAUAUGCCUCAAACAGUGCUGGAUGUGAUCCAGGACUACAUCGAGCAAGCCAAUAAGGGUCUGGCCAACUGGAUCUUCAAGCAUCGCGGCAUCAAGCUGCUUUCCCUGCCCGCCACAGUGCCCAUGGACUUUCUCCUGGCCACCAUUUCAAAAAUAUCAGCCCUGACGCCCAAACUCACCAAGCAAGCCAGAAUAAUGGUGGAGGACUUUAUUCUUCAGUUAAAUGACGCCAUGCGGAUACGCCUCCUAAACAAAUUCACGCUCUAUGACCAGCCCCACUUUGAUGCCACAGGACUUCUACAUUCCAGCCGUUUAUAUGGUCCCCGUGUAUCCAUUCUUGUGGAUGAAUGUGGCGCCACCCCGCUGGAGGACGAUGUCGACAACUUUGAGCAUGUCCUCAAGAUGACCACGCACAACGACGCUCUCUACGCCUACUACUACACCGACAACAAUACGAACAAGGUGAAAGUGACCGAGAUUUUCGACUUUGACGACAUGACGGAGCACGACGAGCUGGCCACCGACCUGCAAAUAUACGAGGGAUCGGUUGAGGAUCACCCCAAUCCCCACCAGCACAGCCACAACACAGUGGUCAGUGAGUGGAAUGGCGUUGAGUCAGACUUCUUCAUCGACGCCCAGACGCCAGAUGUGGAGGAUAGCAAAACAACCGCGCCUCAGUUUGCCCGCCUGGAUCUGGAGCCCGAGUCGGAUGCUAGUGUGCUCAGUGAUCCCGAGGUCGAUCAGAGUUUUGGCACCCCAACGCACAGUACCGAUAUGUAUAUAGAAGUGGAAUGAGGCGGGAUGGGAGGCGAAGGAAGGGGUAUUUCGGGGGUACUAGUCCUAGGAACUGUAACGAAACAUCUCCAAAGCGGCUCGUAGCAAAGCGAAAAGCCUAGUAGCGUUUCCAUUAGCCUAAGUAUUAGUCUUAGUACGACCAACGUAUGUACCUAACUUAACUUAGCCCUUAGCUGCCACUGUAUCAUCGCCUGUUUGUAAGCGGCAAUUAGCAAAUAAUUGCACUCUUGUUAUUAGUCACCCCCACGCGACUUGUAUUACAUCCAAAUCCCAUCUGUGUUUAGCCUAAGUUGAUAAUGUAUAAACAAUAAAGCAUUAAACAAGAUUUACACAA